AUGAGCGGGAAUGGGAAUGGGGAUGGGAACGGGGAUGGGAGCGGCCAGGGCCCCCCCAGCGAGGAGCAGCGCUUCGAGACCUCCGAGGACGCGGCUGAGCCCUGGCGCACGUCGGGCCGCGUGAACUCGACGCGGGGCCGGUACCGCCUGGGCGACCUGCGCCCGGGCACCUCCUACCGCGUGCAGUUCGUGGGCGCCAACCACUCGGGCGAGAGCGUGGCCUUCUGGGAGAGCGAGGUGCAGACCAACGGCACCCGGCUGCCCACCCCCGCGGGCGGCUUCGCCACCGAGGGCUGGUUCAUCGGCUUCGUGAGCGCCCUGGUGCUGCUGCUGCUGCUGCUCCUCAUCCUCUGCUUCAUCAAGCGCAGCAAGGGCGGCAAGUACUCGGUGAAGGACAAGGAGGACACGCAGGUGGACUCGGAGGCCCGGCCCAUGAAGGACGAGACCUUCGGGGAGUACAG